AUGCACAUAUCUCUCACUUAUAAGCUCGCGUCUAGCACUCGUGCACCCACUUCACUCCAUCAUCACCCCAUCUCCCUCGAUCAUCACCCCAUCUCUCUCGCUCAUCACCCCAUCUCCUUCACUCACCAGCCCAUCUCCCUCGCUCAUCACCCCAUUUCCCUCACUCAUCAGCCCAUCUCCCUCACUCAUCACUUCAUUUCCCUCACUCAACAGCCCACCUCCUUCACUCAUCACCCCAUCUCCCUCACUCAUCACCCCAUCUCCCUCGCUCAUCACCCCAUCUCGCUCGUAACCAUCGUGCUUGCCGGUAUACUCCCUCCCUUGCUUGCUAUUCCUCCCUGCAGCUCCCUCCCUCGCUUGCUAUUCCUUCCUGCAGCUCCCUCCCUCGCUUGCUAUUCCUCCCUGCAGCUCCCUCCCUCACUUGCUAUUCCUCCCUGCAGCUCCCUCUCUUACUUGCUAUUCUUCCCUGCAGCUCCCUCCCUCGCUUGCUAUUCUUCCUCCUUGCAGCUCCAUUUCUCACUUGCUAUUCCUCCCUGCAGCUCCUUCCCUCACUUGCUAUUCCUCCCUGCAGCUCCCUCCCUCAAUUUCUAUUCCUCCCUGCAGCUUCCUCCACACUUGCUAUUCAUUCCCCCUUGCAGCUCCCUCCCUCACUUGCUAUUCUUCCCUGCAGCUCCCUCCCUCACUUGCUAUUCAUUCCUCCCUGUAGCUCCCUCCCCCGCUUGCUAUUCCUCCCUGCAGCUCCCUCCCUCACUUGCUAUUCAUUCCUCCCUGCAGCUCCCUCCCUCACUUGCUAUUCCUCCCUGCAGCUCCCUCCCUCGCUUGCUAUCCCUCCUUGCAGCUCCCUCCCUCGCUUGCUAUUCCUCCCUGCAGCUCUCUCCCUCACUUGCUAUUCAUUCCUCCCUGCAGCUCCCUCCCUCACUUGCUAUUCCUCCUUGCAGCUCCCUCCCUCGCUUGCUAUUCCUCCCUGCACCUCCCUCCCUUACUUGCUAUUCCUCCCUGCAGCUCCCUCCCUCACUUGCUAUUCAUUCCUCCCUGCAGCUCCCUCCCUCACUUGCUAUUCAUCCCUCCCUCCCUCCCUCCAUCCCCCUUCACACUGCUGCCCUGUUUCGCCCUCUAUCCUGA